AUGCGCACCUCCACAGUGUUUGCGCUCGGCCUGGCCUCCGGCGCCUCCGGCCUAGCCACACCGCCCGACGUCCGGCUCAACGUGGCUCGCGCUGCCCCGGACUCGCCAUCGGGGGCUACGCGCCCGCCGUGCUGGCUCGAGGCUCGCGAACCCAAGACCAAGACCGCCCUCGACAACUUCCUCAAGAGGGUCAACAUCGCCGACUUUGACUACGCCUCCUACCUCCAAACAGACGGCGCCUACCCCAGGAUCUCCAUCGCCAUGUCCGGCGGCGGAUAUCGCGCCCUGCUCAACGGUGCCGGCUUCAUUUACGCUGCCGACGACCGCACCGGUGGUGACUCCGGCAUCUCCGGCCUUCUCCAGGCGAGCACGUACUUUUCCGGUCUCUCCGGCGGCGGUUGGCUCGUCAGCACCAUCUAUGGAAACAACUUCACAACCAUCGAGUCCCUCAUGUCGGACGAGGAUGUCUGGCAGUUCAGGCCUCGGUACUGGCGAGACCUGCAUGACCAAGUCAGCUCCAAGCAAGAUGCUGGCUUCGAUGUCUCCCUUACCGACUACUGGGGCCGGGCCGUCAGCUACCAGUUGCUUCGAGGGGAUGAAGGCGGCGCCGCCUAUACCUUUUCCUCCAUCGCCGACGCAGAGGACUUCAAGAACGGCGAGACCCCUUUCCCCAUCCUCGUGGCCGACGGUCGCGCCCCGGACACCAAGAUUAUCAACCUCAAUUCCACCGUAUUCGAGUUCAACCCCUUCGAGCUGGGCUCUUGGGAUCCUACCCUCUACGGAUUCGCUCCCCUAGAUUACAUCGGAAGCAACUUCACCGGUGGACGCGUUGACGACAAGGGCAGCUGCGUCCGGGGCUUUGAUCAGCUCGGCUUUGUCAUGGGAACCUCGUCGUCCCUCUUCAACAUGGCGCUCCUGACCGAUAUACCCGACUCACCCCUCAUCCAGCCCAUCCGUGAGGUCGACGUAAUCUUCGCCGUCGACUCUAGCGCCGAUACCACAUACAACUGGCCAAAUGGUACCGCCCUUCGCGCUAGCUACGAGCGCUCACUCAACUCCAUUGCCAACGGUACCCACUUCCCUGCUGUCCCCGACGCAGAAACCUUCGUCAACCUCAAAUUCAACCAGGAGCCCGUUUUCUUUGGCUGCGACGCCGCCAACUUCUCCUCCGAAGGUGGGAGCGCACCUCCUUUGAUCGUCUACAUCCCCAAUGCCCCUCUCUCCGGCUUCUCCAACGUCUCUACCUUUGACCCCACGCACGAGAUCGACGAGCGCAACGACAUCGUCCAAAACGGCUACAAUGUUGCGACCCGUGGCAAUGGCACCCUAGACGACGCGUGGCCCACUUGUGUGGCUUGUGCCGCCCUCAGUCGCAGCUUCGAAAGGACCGGAACCACACCACCACAGGCCUGCCAGGACUGUUUCAACCGCUACUGUUGGAAUGGCCAACUCGACACUACGGCCGUGUCGUCGUACGAGCCUGGCCUCAUCCUCAACGCCGAAGCUGACUCGGGCAGCUUCAAGAUGGCCGCUUCCACGGCACUCUGGAUCGUUCCGGCUGCUGCCGCUUGGCUCCUGACUGCAUAA